ACAAAGCCACCACUAGCACCAAAACCAAAGAUUAUUGGUCAUCUUUCUCCAGUAGCUGUCUCCAAAUUUUCUCCUUCACUGCCAAGGGCUGAUAUUCUUCAUAACUCUAUGUCUAGGGGUCCCAAACCACCUAUUGCUCCCAAGCCAAAAUUCUCAGCUGACUCUGAGGGCAAAUCCAGUGUUUAUACCAAUAAUAACUUAAAUAAAUGCUCAAAUGGGAAACUGGUAUGUCUUGAUGGAGAGCUGUAUGAAGGAAACCAACACAAUGCUGAUUGCCCAGAAUCUGAGGCAGAUAAUGAAUACAUUGUAGUUCCUGAAGCUCAGCUGACCAGCAAAGACUGUAAUGACUUGGAACAUGAGCAUGAUCAGAACCUAGAUUCCUCUAUGGAAAAUGAAGUCUCAGAAACUCCAGAAGAGGUAGAGAAGGAAGACGAUAACAUUGCUAAUGAUGAGGAUACCAGUAAUCGAGAAUUCACCAAAGAUGAGCACCAUAACUCUUCAGAUACUGCUGAACGAAUGGAACCAGACUCUGAAGAGUCAUACAGAGACUGUGACCAGCCCAAAUCACUUUGUGAGGAGUACUCAGAUGUCCUUGAUGGAGAUAAAGAUGCUUCCAAGAAUGUGGAUGGAGAUGAGGAUGUUGUAAGUGACUGUAGUGAAACCAAAAACAAGGAGGAAACUUCUAACAACCUGGAACUGGAUAAGGACAACAGUGAUUGUGAGACUGACAGUGACAACAUUUUGAAUAGAGAUGAGGAACUAAUGGGUGAUAUCUGUAAAGAUACCAUUGUAAUGCCACUACCCGCAGAUGAAUCAAUCCUACGUUGUGAGACGGCAGGGAAGGAGGAGGAGGAACUGCCUGAAAUUUUAGAAAAGGAAGAUGGGUGUCUAGCACAUGAUGGUGAUCACAGUGCACAUGCAGAGCUUGAUUUGAAUAUGGAAGGGGAGGUAGAAAAUGAUGACUGUGCAAGCCCUGACAUGCCGCCUGAUGAGGCCAGUGAAGAAACAGGUCCUGGCUUAGAACCAUGUGAAGAUGAACCCAAUACUGGAAAUCAUUUAGGAGAGUUCAUCCAUCAAGCAGCAGCUGAAGAGGAGGAAGCAGACCCAGAUGAGCACAGUAAUACAAACGCAGCAAAUGCCAGUGAUGACUGCCAGAUCACUGAGAGGAGAGGUGAGGAGAAGACGUCAGAGGUAGCCUGUGAAGCAAGCAAAGACUCUGGGAAAGGGGAAGAAGAAACUGUGAAUGCAGAGAUUAUGGAUGAUGGCUAUCAAAUUGCUCCUUGUGAGAAUGAAUGUGGCGAGGAAGUACCCAUGGAACAUUCAGAUGAGAAUCUUCAAACAGAAGGGACCUCUCUGGAUGAAGAUGGUGUGAUCUCUAGUAGUCCAGGGAUGGAGCCAGAGCUGGAAGAUGUGACUGCUGAAGAGCAUAGUGAAAGUACUGUGGAAACGUCUAAGUCAGAUGAGCUGCAACUUGAAGACAAUGAGGUGGAAGCAAACGGCCUCAGUGUCCCAAAUCCAUCCCUCAUGGUCCCACUCGAGGAAGAGUUACAAGUCUGUAAACAUGGCAAAAUAAACGUAGAAUGUGGGACCAAACAUGUCUUGCAUGAAAAUCUAGCAGUCCCUGAAGUGGUCAUUGUGCCUGAAGAAUCAGAGGAAAGAGAAACUAGCAGUGAUUCCCUAGAUGACCCUUAUGUGCUUCCUGCAGAAAAUGAAAUUGCUCAUGAUGGGCAGACUGAUUUAGGAGCUGAUCACAGUGAAAAGGAUGAAUUAGGCACGGAUGGUGAAAACAACUUGCUGCCCAUUGAUCGUAAAAGCAUUGUCACUAGAACACGGUCACUCUCUGGGAAAAUGCCGGGCUAUGUCCCAGAAACAGUUCCAGAAGAAACUGGACAUGAAACUGAUUUACCAUCUUCCCACAAUGACUCUGGGGCAGAAGAUUUAAGCAAUAAUUUAUUUUCGGUGGAAGGAAAACCAAUGGAAGCCAACAGGGCAUUACCAACCAAGUCAAGACGUUUCAUUUUAUAUCCUCGAUCUUAUUCUGUUGAAGGGAGAGAGAUACCUGUCGCUAUUUACAGAGAAGGUGACGGCUGUGUACUGGAUGAUGGUAGAAUAAAAAGGACAGAAGACAAUUUGUCUUUGCCUUGUGUCAAUGGUUCCUCAGGUAGUUUUUCACAGAGAAAUCAUCUUUCAUCAUGUGGCGUAUCUACUCCAUCCCCAGUUGUGGAUAUACCACCUCCUUUUGAACUUGCCUACAUCACCAAAAAGCCAAUCACUAAAAGUUCCCCAUCACUUUUGAUAGAGAAUGACUCACCUGAUAAGUAUUCCAAGAAAAAGAAAUCUUCCUUUAAGAGGUUCCUCACUCUAAAAUUCAAGAAGAAAACUGAAAGUAAAGUCCAUGUAGAUGUUAAUGUUUCCUCCUCAAGGUCCUCAUCAGAGUCUAGCUAUCAUGGGCCUCCGAGACUGAUGGAGCUGGACAGGAGGAGCCUAAGUAGCUCACCUCAACUAAAAUCACAUGUGGGGAAGCUCCGUGCAUCUGAGUCUCCCUCAGCUGUUCUUUUCUAUAAGGAUGGUAAAAGAAAAGGAACGCCCAAGUCCUUCAUGAGCUCUGACUAUGAAAACAUACAAAUUCCUCCUCGAAGAUCCACCAGAGCAGGAACUUUUACUGAGUUUUUUGAAGAUCCCAGCAGGGCAUUUUCUGCUGCUAAUGAGAAUGACGGCUAUGUGGAUAUGAGCAGCUUCACUGGCUUUGAGAACAAGCAGCAAACCACAGACCAGGAAACAGAAAG